AUGUCAAAUCCACAAAACGAGAGUAUCAAUGAAGACUACAGCCCAAGUAACCCAAUUCUAACUCAACGCGAUGUUGGAGAAGAGUACAAUGUUGUCAAUGAAAAGACAUCAACUCCUGAUGUUCAAGAACUUCCAAGUAAUGGAUUAGUCGAGGAGCAGAAAGAUGAGGAAGAAUCUAAAAAAGAUGACGACGAUGAAGAGCCUGAAGUGAAAAGUCGGGGUGAAGAGCAGGCCGACAAAGCGAUGAGCCGUGUGAUAUUUUGCAUCUCUCCAACUGCAUUUUUGGUUGUUCUUUUUGGCAUCACCGCACUCGUGUUGACAACUUAUUUCAUCCAAAAACAUUAA